AGUAUUCGGCCGCUUGUCGAACGCGAUGCCUGGCGUCCCGACGCUACAGGCGCUAUUCCAAAACUCUUAGUGCAAGUGUAUCUUCAUCUCAACUGUUAUGCUUAGUGUUAGUUAGAGAAACUUUAUGAAAAACGGUUAUUAAGUAUUUUUUGUCUAUAGAUGUUCCGUUUGUGACUGUCAGUCAGUAUUUUGGACUUUAUCGCUUUGGAAAAACCCUACUUAAAUCUAAUUAGAAAAGCACAUCAUCAUAUGAGGAAUUUCGCUAUUCUUCAGUUCCCCUAAUCAUCGCAGUAUUCCAUUGAGAUCAUAUUCUUCUCUACAACUUCGGACAAGAGGACUCGAAAUAAAUUACUUAUAAACAUUGAUCCAUUCUCGGCGUGCAUUCCUUUGAUAAUAAAAUAAAACUUGAACAAUUUUUGGCUAGUGCCUUUUCCACCAACCAGAGACAGUGGCGGCGCAGGUUGUGAAAAGGGGAGUGCGGUUGCGACAACCUGCAACGCCCCAGUCGCACCAGCCAAAAAAGGACAACAUAAAAAACCCGAAGAAGAGCAAUCCUAAUAAGACCCUGGCGAGGGCAUCGAACAAGGGAUGCACGCCAAUGUGCACUCUGACAGGAACGAAUGGCGUUUGCCACCGGAUGAUACACUGCAAGUCGGUGAAUCGAAAACAAAGAAGUCGGAGGUAGGUGACGAAGAGGAGCUAGCACUUCAUGAAGAUGAAGGUCAUAAUUGGUGGUCCAUCAUAUUUUCGUUGCUAGUAAUCGGUUUAGUAAUUUCUGGAAUAGUGGCCGCCAUCUUUAUUGUGGGUUACGUAGACGAAUUACUCUACUGGCAUGGACAACGAAUGCAGCUAGAAGAACUGUUAGAGGGUGAUCUAACGCCACGAAGAUUACCUUCAUCAUGGCUUUCUUCCAAACACUUCGUUUUCCAAUCCGAUGACGGAAGUCUUUCCAUUUUAGAUACUAGUAAAAAUUUCAGCGUUACUAUUUUAGUUACAAAUAAUACUUUGAGGCAGCUCAACGUCAAAGGGUAUCAAUGCUCAAAAGAUCUAAGCUACGUGCUCUUCCAACAUAACCUCAAAUCAGUAUUUCGACAAUCCUUUACAGCGCACUACACGAUAUAUGACGUUAGUAAAGACCACUAUAGACCAUUAUCAAUGUCGGAAAAUGUUUUGCAAGAAAUGGAAAAUAAAAGUCAUCACAUUCCAGUUCGGUUAGAAGCGUCACCGAAAGCGCAACCUGAACGCCUACAAUAUGUCACUUGGUUAGGAGACACCACGUCAUUAUUAAUAGUAUUUAAUAACGACAUUUACCAUAGAAAAUCCCCUACAGAUGAAUCUGAUACCAGGAUAACCUUUACGGGUCAACCGGAUAUUAUCUACAACGGGAUUCCAGAUUGGUUAUACCAAGAGGAUAUUUUACAAAGUCCAGAGGCCUUGUGGAGUUCCUACGAUGGAACCCACCUAUUAUAUGCCACAUUCAACGAUAGUCAAGUAGGUACCAUGAAUUUUCCAUGGUUCCAAUUUAAUGCUGGAUCCGUUUUAGGAUCCGCGGGGGCUUACCAAAGGGCCCCCUCGUUCCCUUCUUCCAGAACAUUAAGGUACCCAACGCCGGGGACUCCUAUACCGUCAGUACAACUUUGGAUUGUAGAUAUUUCAAAUAUAACCUCAUUAGAAUAUCAUCUUGUUCAACCACCGAAAGCCUUACUAGAUCUUGAUUAUUACCUAACGUCAGCAGGCUGGGUCGGCCAUAAAAAUACACAAGUAUCAGUAGUGUGGAUCAACAGAGCACAAAAUUUAAGCAUCAUUUCAGCAUGUUUAGCGCCUAACUGGACUUGUAUUGAAACACAUACCGAGAGGGCCAGAGAUCAAUCUUGGCUUGAAAUCCAAGAGCAUCCAGUAUUCUCUCCGGACGGUGACAGUUACCUGCUAUUAGCGGCAGUACAAGAAGGAAGUCGCGAAACAUACACUCACAUCAAACACGUGACUGUUACGCAACAACGUAUCGCAGUAUUGAGUCAUGGGAGGCAUGAAGUCUCGAAAAUACUUUUUUGGGAUACUGUUAGUCAUUUUAUUUAUUAUUUGGCGUCGGAAGAAAAUCGUCCUGGUCAACGACAUUUGUACGUCGUCCGUGACCCCAGCACAGACGACCCACGUCGUGUCGAAUCCUAUUGUAUCACGUGCGAUUUGGGGGACGUCCUUUGGAGUAGUCGCUAUCUUUACCGGAACUGCACUCAUUUCAGUGCUCAGGUUAGUCCCCGUUUUGAUGAAUCCAGCUCCCCAUUCUACGUCCUUCAUUGUGAAGGACCAGGGCUUCCAUUAGCUGCUAUGCACAACGCAAGUAGUCACACACUCCUCAAAAUAUUAUAUGAUACUCGGCCAAGCAAAUGGCCAUUAUUAGAAAAAUAUGCUAUGCCCAAAAAGAAAUCUUUAGAGGUGCCUUUGCCACAAGGUAGUAGAGCGCAAGUUCAGCUCUUGCUGCCGCCUUCAUGGAGAGAAGAACUAAGGGAUGCUGCCUAUCCUGUGUUAGUUGAAGUAAAUGGCAGACCAGGUAGCAAAUCGGUGACAGAGGAAUUCCAGGUCGACUGGGGGACAUACAUGUCAAGUCAUUGUGAUGUAGUUUACAUUAAACUUGACGUCAGGGGUGCUAGAGGUCAAACGGACCGUUCGAUAUAUCACCAAAUAGGCGGAAUCGAAGUUCAAGAUCAAGUAACAGUGCUGGAACAUUUGUUAGAGAAACACAAAUAUUUGGAUAAAACACGUGUGGGGAUUUGGGGUUGGGGUUAUGGUGGAUACGUCACCGCGAUGGUUCUUGGUUUGGGCAAUCAACAAAAGGUGUAUAAGUGUGGUAUAUCGGUUAGUCCUAUAGCAGACUGGCUUUUUUACAAUGCUGCUUUCACGGAACGAAUUAUGGGCUUGCCAAACGAAAAUUAUAAGGGAUAUGUAGAGGCUGAUGCAACUCAGCGAGCACGAAAUAUUCCGAAACGAUCCUUCUUCCUAAUUCAUGGCAUGGCCGAUCUCACAGCACCCUAUCAACAUGGUGUGAUGCUUGCCAGUGCCCUCACCGAGGCGAGGGUGCUCUAUCGAUAUCAAAGUUAUGCCGACGAAGGGCAUCAACUGGAAGGCGUGAUAGAACACGUCUAUAAUUCUAUGCAAAAUUUUUUUGAAGAGUGCCUUAACCUCGACACAGACGAAAAAGCGAAGGAAAGAGAGGAGAAAAGAGAUGAGGACAAAUAAAGAACGAACAAAAAAGAAAAUGAGGGCGAUGCCGAUAUCACUACUGAAGACUGCAGACUGAGACCGCCUCUGAUUGAGGCAUAUAAAUUGGUCCGAUAGGUUCAGGUCUGUUUGAGGAGGCGGUCGUUAUGUAUGACGUAGUAGGAUUGAUAGUUAUUUCGGAUUCUCGAAUAUUUUUCUUUGGAUAAUUUUAAAGCAACUGAUUUUGGAUUUCUUUGUCUAUUGAUGAUACAAAAAAUAUGAUGAAGGUGCUAAUAUACUCGUUUCACUAUAUCUCUAAAGAUAGUGAGGUCUAUCACAUAAUUAGCUGUACCAAACUAAAUAAGCAUCUAGAUAAAGGGGUCGGCAACCUUUUAAUAAAGAGAUGCCAAUGUGCAUACCAAAAAGCCAUUAUAAAAGACUAUAUAAAAUUUUGAAAGUAAUAAGAACGGUUAUUGAUAAAAUAAAUUGGAAAAACUUUACCAUUCAACAUAAUAUAUGUUUCUAGUCCAUGUCUAGUUACUUUUAAUAUUACACAAGCCAUUGAAUUUUCUAUUAGUAGCCUUCGAUAUGGUUUCAAAAUGAUUUUCAUAUGGAAUAAACUUGCUUACACAUAUAGGAAGGAUCCGAAUUUAAAAUACUUAUUUGGCAAAUUAAUUUAUCUGGCAAAGCACCCUAACUAUACACUAUUUCUAUACUUCUAUAAAUCUUCUAUCUAUACUUCUAUAAAUUUAGUCUUCCAUAAUUCAAAGUUUCUAGUUAAAUAUAAUGAAGCUCAAAAGCUUAAAAUUCCAUCCAUACGAUACGACAAUCAUUAAAAGGAAUGCUAGUAAUAUCCAUUGAGACCAUUUUUAUCAAGAAAGAGAACAUGUGUCAAUAUUUAGAAAAAUCUUCAACUCUUUCAGCCAACUCUUCUUACAAUGAAGUCAUGUAGUGUAACAUUUCGUCAUUGAGUGCAGCAUUACCACAAUUAAGGUUGCGUCGGUAUAUUUUUAUAUUUGGAAAAUAUUUACAUGUGUGGGAGAUAAUGUCACAAAUAAAUACACAUAUGAUCAUUUUAAAAGAUUUCCAAGAGUCAUAAAAAUCUCACAGUUUGACUCGACCCUUGCAACUGAGGCUUUAGUUCGCCGAAAUGACUUCUAAUAUCAGUUAGGAACAUCAACUUACAAAUCCAUUCUUAAUUAUUCAGUUCGGGAAAGAUAUCUGAAAAAUAACUUGAAUUGUCUGUUAAAUAUUCACGCAUGUAAUCGAUGAAUACUACAAGGAAAAAUUAAAAUUGGUUUAACAAUGCUUGUACUAAGAAUAUAUACAAGUUUCUUAUGUGUUCACACCGGGUACGCUAUCUGUACUUACGCAAAAAAUCUUUGGAGUCUAAUAUUCGUUUUUCAAAAUGUUUAACGUAUUCUGAUAGUAUAUCUUCCCCUCUUAUUUUUCCUCCGAUUGGUAUCAUACAUUAGUUCUUCAUACACAAUGUUCUAGGUACAUUACUUUUGACAACAGAGAAAUGUCAUUAGGCUAAAUAUACAUGCUUAUGUAGUGGUAAACCCGCCUGAAAAUUUCCGUAUAACCAUGGAAAUCCCACUCACCAGACAUUCGAGGAUUACCUGCUAUUUCUUCGAUUUUCUAGAAACGUCCCGUCGCUCUAACCUGGCCUGAUAUCAGUUAGCUCGUUGCCAGGUUGUGCUUGCUUUUUACAAGAAAAAAUAUGCACCAAACUUUAGAAAGUUAUGCGUGCCAUUUUGAACUGCUAGGCGUCCCGAGUCUGUUAUAGGUUACUGACCCCUAAGCUAGAAGAUUUUGUUAAAAUGCCUAUUCUAACGUAAUAUUCUUUUUUAUCAGAAUGUAGUGGGAACGUUAGAUUAACCUUCCUUCGGGCACGCCCAAAAAAUCUUAUCUUGGUAUAUUACAGAAUAAUCUGUAAAAUUUCAUCAUUUAUAAGGCAGCUCAGUAUUCUAUUUUGUCCUUACUUUUCCAGCAAAUUAAAUCUCUUCGCUCUCAUUACUUGAAUCUUCCUCAUCCGCAAUAGCUUCUUGUUCAGUUUCUAAAUCUCCUUGGCGCUCCUAAAUAUUAUAUUCCUCCUCCGUAUCUUCUUCAUCAUCAAUAUCUUCUUCCGUUUCAGCUUCAUACCUUUCAUUAAUUUUUGAAGUUCUACAAUGUCUUACGGCCAUAGAAUGAAAAUACAAAACUAUUUUUUUAAUAUCAAUUUGAUAUAUGUACAGUAAAAUCUUAAAAAAAUGUUUUUACGAGAAAACCUUUGUCAUAUACAAAUAUUCCAUACUAAUACUUACCAGAUUAUAUAUUCACUCUAGAAACGCCAAUUCAACUCUACGUUAUUAUCGCGUAGGUGGAUAAAAAAAACUACUGAGAAGGCGAAAUCAUAGCAAUCGGUGAUUCAGCGGUACUCAAUAGAAAUAUUCGCUGUUAACAAAUCUGAUCAGCCGCGACCCACGGAAGAUUAAAAGUACAUUUUUUGAAAUCUGAUAUAUGCAGAUUAACCAAAUUUAAUGACCUACAUGAAAAUGACAAUAGAAUUGAAUAUUUUUUGUAUAGUUGAGCACCUUCCUUCAUUUUUCAUGCAAAAUUUGAUAUUCGGUCUAGAAUUACUUUAUUAGUAACAUUAUGAUUCAUCGAAAGUGUAAUGUAAUAAUUCACCGAUUCUUAGAUAGUCAUAAUAUAUUAUUAAUCAAAAAUCUUUGAUAAGACGAAUUAUUCAACUUUUUCUUGGCGCCUUCCCAUGAUAAAGAGGAAUCAUUUUCCGUUAAUCGAUUUUGCAAAACAAAUUCUCCAAAGAAGGAUUUUUCGGGAAUCAUAUUCGUGCUUUAGUUAACAGAAUCAAUUAUUUGUUUAUAUCAAAUUUUAGCGCAUACUAGUGAGCUAACAGUGUUUAGUCAUGUACAAACUAUUUUUAUUUUUAAUCAUUACAAUUGAACUGAUUAUGUAUUUUAUAAUAGGUAGUCUAAAUUUUAACCUAAGUCGACUAUUUCAUUGAAAUUCUCCGAUGGAAACAAGUAUGUGGUAUUACAAUAAUUUUUAAUAUACAAUAUUCAAUAGAAAAAAAUCGAAAACUUCAUUUUGGUAUGGAAUUUCUCUUUUAACUUUCCAGAUAUUGAACACUCUUGAUGAAAUAUGAAAAAGACAUUUGAAAAUUGAAAUUUAUCCAUAAUCACUAUAUAAGUUUAUUCAAUUGCUUGAUAUCUUUCGAAUUGUAAAAGUUACUGUUUUGAAACCAAAUAGUACUCAAAAUGAAUUUAUUAAUUUGUUAAUAUUUACACCAACGAAUUUUCAAUCCAAAAUACGAGGGUAGUUCCAUCUGAAAUGUACUUAUUUGUUUACAACAGUUGAAUAUUGGGUAGCAGAGUUUAAACAAGGUCACAUAAACAAUUAGAACUAGCGUCACCGUGGUCAAAAAAAUGGUGAAGGAAAUCUACAAAUGAUUAUCUACUAAAAGCUAGGAAACAUGAUAAGCAUUUGAGAAAGUGUCUGGUUUUGGACUUAAGGAAGCUAAUGACAAAUUGGGUCCUAUUCAAACAAUAAAAGUGUAGUCAAAAUGUUUGGUUCGAGUAUUUCAAAGUAACAGCGCAGAAUUUUUCGUUCGUUCAAUAACCAUGGAUAGAACAUAAAUCCUUUCACUUCUGAAAGAAAAGACCGAUCAAUAUAAUGGACUGAAAAGGGAGAAACAGUUCCAAAGAAGGCGAAGACCUUUUUAUCUUCAGGCAUAGUCGGUUUUCAGAGGUGCGCGUAGAAUAAUUUCUAUUGACUUGAAAUAGAAAAACUUUUAUCGACGUUUUUCCUCCGCAAAAACGGCCACAUUUGGAUAAGACGAGAAAAUUAUUUCAACAAAACAAAUCCGUUAUUACACUGACUAGAAUGAAUUGAAGUUUAAAUUUCUACAUCAAAGAUUCUCCGACGAUGAAGAAGUGAUAUCGAUACUAUUUUGACAAGCAAGUUAUUGUAAUACGGGGAGAAGUGUCUCUUCUUUUUAAUUAGAUAAUAUGUCAAUAAUAAAAAUAAGGUAAUAACAGCAGUCACAGAGAAUUGUAAAUUAGUGUCAUUGUGGGUAAAAAAUUGUUUCAAGCUGUCGCAUUAAACUUUUUCCAAGUAUAAUAAAGUGUACAUUCUUUGUUACACCUCGUUCCCAUAAUAGAUUAGAUUUGUAUAUUUGAUAUUAGGUAUAAUAUACAAUUUGGACUCUAUUUAUAACCAAUUCUGUAUGUGAGCUGAGAUUAUUGUUUGUAGUAGGGCUUGAGUUGGCAAUUCUCUGUCGAAUUCUCUACCCAGAUACACGUGAGACGCCUCCUAGAGGCUCUCGGUACGAGUCAAAACUCAGUUUCGAUUUAAUUAAACCGAUAGAAAGACUAAACGAGCGCAUCAUCCACACUCGCAUUCCCUCCUGGAGAAUCUGGAUCGCAAUAAAAGUUUGCAGAAGUACAGGUAAACUUUUUUUUGGUCUUAGCUGUGGAAUAAGAGGUUGUUGUUUCUGUGGGUUGGGGCGUUAUUUUGAGGAGUUUUUUCAAGCUAUCCAUAUGAAUUGAGAAAACCAGGACAACUAUAGGAAUAUAGAGCUUCGAUAUCGUUCUUUAAGUGACGACUUAAUUGGGACUUUCCCACGAAAGCCGUUGUUAGAGAGCAAACAAAUAAAGGAUUAAGAAUAGCAGCAUUUUUGAACGAAACCAUAUGGCGAAAUAAACAUAUCGGAAUAGAAGCCAAAUCGAGAAUAUACAAGGCCACGGUAAGACCCAUAAUGACCUACACCGCAGGAAAAAGAAGAAGAAGCCGUUGUUAAGGAUUAAGAAGAAGACUUCAUAGAUCUUGAAGAUUCUAUGAAAUAUUCAUUUCGAAAGCUGUUGCAUCUGUUUAGAAAGAAAUUUCAUCUUGCAAUAUAAAAGAAGCGACUCCAUGGAAGAUUUCAUUAGGUUGCAUAAUUCGACUAGUGAACUGGAAGUUAGUUAUUCUUAUGAAAUAUUGAGAAUUAAUUUCGUAUAUUCCCCAGAAUUCUUUAAAUUUCUUUAACCGUCCUGACCAAAGUUUCAUCAGCAUUUUUUUUUUUGGCGACCGUGCUGAUCAAGGCUUUUGUGAAUUUGUUUUAUAUAUAUUAUAUUUCCGUAAAUUAUUAUAGCUUACAAUUGUAAUUUGUUUUAUUGGAAUAUGCAGCUGUUCCAAAUAUAUAUUUUUCCUGUAAGACACUUUGUGGUGUAUGGUUUCGAUAAAACAUAACGUUCACGUCUUAUGCUGACUUCGGAGAUUAAUUUGAAGACUCACCCAAAUUGAAAAUACAGAUUAGAAAAUGAACGAAUCUUUGUAUGUAUAUAUAUUUUCUUCCAUUGUCUCUGAUUAUGAUUAUUUAUCUGAGACUAGUAGUAAGCAAUUUAUGAUAUGUUUAAUUAUACAGAUAGUUUGUUUACAUAAAUUCCUAAUCUAACUUUUAAAUGUUUAACAAUAUUAUGAACGUAAUUUUGGUUUCUAUCAACUUUGUCCUCGCGUAAGUUCAACUUCAUAUUGGCUCUCUAUUCCCUUCGGAGUUAAUAACUACCACACUCAUUUAGUUUUUUUUAUAUCAUAAUUAUAUCAUAUUUCUUCUGUAAAAUGUUGUUACAUUAAAGUAAAGUUUUUAAGGUAUGUCAUAGGUUUGUUGCAGCAGACUGUCUAACUACUUGAUCAAACGGGAUAGAAGAAUUAAGUUCGAACAGUAUCAGGUCCAAGUAAUAUAAGGAAUAAGAAGUUUUACGUUACUGCAACAGAAAGAAUUUGUUCGCUAGUAGUUCAAAACUAGCAAAAAUAUAAUGAAUAAAUUUUGGAACAUAUGGAUUCGCGCAUGUCAACAUAUAUUUUAGAUCGUAUAUCGAACUUUAUUAGGUUGUGAGUUGGAAAUAAAGUAUUAAGACUAUAGUGGAAAUAGAAGUAAAUGGUACAAUGAAACUAUAUAUAUGCGAAAAUGAUGACUCUCUUUGUUCGGGUACAUUUUCAUAAUAGAGUUAGGCAAAUCAGUUCGAAAUAUGAUCAAAAGUCCUCUUUUUCUGAUUUACAAGGAAUAGUAAGCAACUCAAGUUUAGGAAAAAUCAGAUAGUGCCUCUUGGAUGAGACUUCUAGUAACAAAAUUUAUAUUGAACCAGACCCGACCUCAUUAUAAGCUAGCGUAAGCUUGAAGUUGAUAUCAGACAGCUUGUUUGUUGGAUUUGAGAUUUCCAAGGAUAUUUUCAGUAGUAAAUGUUCAGAUCAACUGAGAUUAUUUAUAUUAUAGUCAUUUAAACAUGUUUUUCAACCAUAGCAUUUGGGAAAACAAAACAUUUGAUUCUUCUUGGUAUUUCACUUUGUGCGUCUUUUCAAUCUAUUGUAUAAAAAACAAAUAUUGUAAUGCCACAUACUCGUCCGACUUUUCUAAUUCUAUUCUAUAUCUUUCUGAUUUAUACGUUAAAAAAUAGUACAGAAUAUGUCAAUUAUUUCGACGAAUCAUAAAUAUUUGAAUAGUUGGUAAUAAAUAAUAAAAUUACUAAAUAAACCUGUUCGUAUUUGCUUAUUAAUUGAUUAGACUUGGAAAUAAGAAAACAUUUGAAAUAAUCCAGAAGAAUCGAUCUUUCCGCAAUACCUUUAUUAUUUAAUGGUAAUUUCUCUGUACAUUUUUAUAUAAAAAAAAUAAAAUAAACACAAAUAAUAUCAAUUACACUGCGUUUCGGAUCAAAAAAUACUAACUAUCAAUAAAUAAAUAGAGUAAAGGAAAAGUUGGUUUCAAUCAGCCUUUUACUAUAUUUGCGUACAUAGAAAUCGGUCCACUUUAAACUUUUGACUUUCUCUAUAUACAUAUUUUUAUAAUUACUCAUCAGAACAAAAAAAUAUGAUGUUUAAAGACAAUUUAAUAUGCUUUAAUGUGAAGAUAAAUUUAUAAAAAGUCAUUUCGUCUUCCUAUGUUUAACAUAUGAAAUUAGAAAUAGAUCUAAUCAAGUUAAAUAUUGUUUCUUGUGGGAUGUUAAGCCACUCUUCUUCUACUGCAACAAUAAGCUCUGGGAUCGAGUUUUGGGUAGAAGGUCUAGCUCUAAUUCUUCUUUAUAGUUCUUCCCAUAAAUGUUCUAUCGGAUUUAAGUCAGGACAUUAUGCUGACCACUUCAUAACAAUGUAAUGUAAUCUUGCACGAUUUUAACGGUGUGCGGCCUUGCAUUGUCAUCCAUAGAGGUAAAUUCGUCUCCAAUGUAAUCGACGUAGGGUACCACAUGAAUUGCUAAUAUAUUUAUCAACCGUUAAACCUCAUCUUCCGUAAACAGAGUCGCCCAUACGAAUGAAUACAGGGGCGGUUCAUGCUAUAGAAAUUGCACCCUAUAACCACCCCGCUCUUGUUUUGGUCACUACAAUGGAGACAUAUUCUGGUCUGAUCUGAGAUAAGAACAAAUCCCCAUUGUUCCAACAUCCAAUUCAGAUGAUCCUGUGCAAAACGCAGGCGUGCUUAACGAUAAGCUGAAGUGAGUUUCGGACAAAUCGCAGGUGUUUUAGGAGUUGUUGACAAAAUAAAACGGACAUCACGAGCGGUUGUAAAUCGUCUUCUGCUUGUUCCAAGUCGCCUAUGAAUGUAUCCACUCGUCAUAACGCUGGCACACUCUUCGAACCGCUGCGUGGGUCAUAUUCUAUUGUCUAGCAACAGCUCGAUGAAUAAGUCCAUUUCAGAUUAAAGCAAUAACUUUGACGGCUUUUUGAGGUGUUGUAUGCAUUAAACUAACACACUUGAACACUAUUGCAAAAAUUUCAAUAUUUGUCAAAUUUAUUAUUUUCAUUAAAGUAUAUCAAUAAUAUAAAAAAAUAUAGUUAAAGUCAAAAGUUUACAGCGAACCAAUUUCUAUUAACGCAAGUGUAUUUUAUUACUGGGAUAUUAUGUCCAAAAAUACCAAAUCUUGUCCUGAACCAGGACAUUUACUUACAUAAGUUUGUCUUUGGUAAAUUAGUCUAAUCAAUUGAUAAAUCUUGAUUAAACUAAUAAUAUUUUAAAAUUUGAGCUUCGAUUCAAAAUUUAAAAAAAAAUCGAUAAAAACGGUUGUGAAUAAUGACUAGAAACGAACUUUAUUCAGAGCGUUCAAUUUCAUUGUAUACUUAAUAUAAAUAGUGUAAAUUUUUUGCUUAGUAUUAAUAAUAGAAAGCUGGAAGACAAUCUUUAAAAGUUGAAAGUUCAUGAUUUAAAGAAUCAUUUCAAUUCAAUCGUUUCAUUACUUCCUAACCGAAUCUAAAAUCCUAAAAGGUUAUAUUUAAAUCAGAAAUAAAUGUAUAUUAACUUUAUAUUUCAUUGAGGAUAACGAUUCUUUUAAAAUUAGUAGCUUGAAUAAAAUUUUGGUAAAUAGAAGGAGAAUAAACAAAUAACACAUGCCAAGAGACAUCAUAACCCGAAAACCGACUUAUGCAAUGUAAUCUUUCACGAUUUCACGAAGGUAAAUUCGUAAAGUCGACGUAAGGUACCACAAAAAUUGCUAAAAUGUCCUCGAUAUAUCUAUCAGCCGUUAAACCUCAUCUUCCGUGAACAGGGUCGCCCCUAUGAAUUAAUACAGGGUGGUUCAUGCUACAGAAAUUGCACCCCGCUUUGUAUAGCAGAAAUCUGUAUUGCUCGUGUGGUCCUCGGUACACUGUAUUAUGAUGCUAUCGAUCUCUUCCUGAUAUGUUUUGGCUGCAAAUCAAUCCAAUCUUUCUUAUUUGGUCUAUAAAAUGUACUAUUUUAGAUAUGUUACACUAUUUCCAGUUGAAAAAAAAUAUUUAUUAACAGAAACACAUAUGUUUAUAACAAAAUUUACAUACAUUCAAUAUUUUCAUUUGAAGUUAGCUCCUAUGCUAGCCGACCAUUAUUUACAUAUUUCAUUGUCUUUACAAACUUAGGUACUUGGAAUUCUAAGAAAUCUACCAUUCAUUUCGAAUCAAAAGCUGUUACUACAUAUACAAAUUAAAACAAUACGAUCGAUUUUGAUGUUUUUUUUUUCUAAAAAAUUUAUAUAGAUAAGAAUAUAGUAAUAAUAAAGUCUAUAAUUGUUGAAUAGUUAAUUUUUUCAUUCAUAGAUGUAACUUGCUUUUGCUUUUAUUAUUUAUCAUUCUCCGUAACAAAGUCAACAGAUAAUCAUCGUCUAUUUUGUUCCAUUUGUUUUACAGGAUAUUCCAAAGAUGUAAAGUGGAAGCAGGACAUUACUUUCUAACUACCAAUUCCAAUUUGUCUCACAACUCAAUCGUGUUGACGUCAGGUGACUGUGACGGCCAAAUCAUUACUCUCAGUACAUUAUUCCUUUUCAUUUCUUUCAAAUACUCGUUGCAUAGCUUCAAGGAAUGCUUGGGAUCGUUGUCAUGCUGGAAGAUCAAUUUUCUUCCGAUCAGGCGCUGGCCAGAAAGUAUUCCCACUAAUUUAGAUCCACUGUCAGAAUAAUGGCAAAUUGACCAAAUUACACACUACUCUGAAUGUAUAUCAUUGUAAGAGAAGGAGAAAGGAAUCAUCAAAUUUUUUCACUGCUUUAUGAUGGUCAACUGAGUCACACUUCAGUCAAACAAGGCAACGAAAAAAAUAGAGCGCUUUACAAUGUUAUGAGUUACGAACAGAUAUUAUUUAAAAAAAGUUUCCUUCGAGAUGUGGGAAGACACCUUUCAAACUAGAAGUGUUGAAGUAAAAUGCAACAAUCAUCCGCCUUUAUCUGCCUUUUCUAUCAUAACACCGUAAAGAAAGGAAAGGAUUAGAGCCUUUGUUCUUUGCACUACCUUGAUCAGUCAAUUUGCUCAAAUAGUAUAUUUCUUCUCGUUUCAAUACGAGUUGAGUCUAGUUGAUAACGUUGACAAGUUGGAUUAAUAUUAAAUCCCGCGAUUUGUGUGAGAGCUUGUGGAGUGGUUGAGACAGGGAAAAUAUUUCUUUAAUGCUGACAACUCUAAGCAAGAGUUUUUAGUCUCAUCUUAAAUAACAAAAAAAAGAAAGUAAAUCGAGACCAGGCGAGUGGAUGAUAAUGAACUUAUUAUCAACAACAACAAAAAACAGCAGAUAUGGCCAUUGAGAAGUAUCUAUGAUACUACAUGUCAACCACGGUGCAUAAAAUCUUAUUGUUUUGUACUGAAAUAGUGCAGAAGUUGAUUCUCCCAGUUGGAAUAUUCCCGAAAGAGGCACAAUAAAGUAGGAAUAAGGAUUACAAAACUUAAAGGAUCAGAAACUCGUGGAAGCACAUGGAAAUUAGUGAUGCAGCUAAGGGACUGUUAAUCUGAUUUCUAUGAAUUUGAAACCUUAAGUUUCUUUCCAGAUUUAACAAGUUUUUAAGCUCCUCACUGUUAUCUUGUAAAUGGUCUUCCAAUUCCUCAUUAGUACUUCAAUUUCCUUUGAAAUUCCACUAAAAACAGCUAAACCUUAUGCAUUUUUUACUGAGUCGAAUGAAACCUACCAGUUUUCUAUUAAUCCUUUCUCAAGAUAUUGAAUUUUUUCUGCUUUUUAGCCAUUCGGCAUCACUGCACCGUGUUUUACAUUCAAGAUUACACAUAGGUCUAACAUAUGUUCUUCUUUUGACAUGCGCACUCUUUUCUUGAAUCCAGAAACCUCAAAAUUUUACUCAUCACUCCAUAAAACUCUCUCCCAUCUAUUUGCGUCCAAUUUUUAUGUUCUUCAGCUCACUACAACCUCUUAAUUUUAUUUUGACUUGAAAGAGGUUCCUUCAAUGGCACCCUUCCAAAAAGACCAUCCCAUUUUCAAUGUAGAAGUACUUGAAUUCAGAUCCUUAGAUUCAUUGAUUUGAGGUGCUAUAUGUAGUUAGUUUUCGAUCAUAUUUACUGAUCAAUACAACACGUUUAUCAUCAGUUUUCUAUUGUCAAAGCUUCUGGUUGAUCCAUAAUUUUUCACGUUGUAGUCACAGGGCUAACUGGUACUAAACUACAAUCAUAAACAACGAUGAAAUUAUUCAGAUUUGAAGAAUAUAGUAGUUAAUAAAUAAUGGAUAAUUUGGUUUAUGAGUUUUGGUUUCGAUCUUCGCUUGACAAUAUGAAAGAGAAAUUUGUGUAUUAUUUUGGAAUAGAUUAUGGGAUAGGCAAAACUUUUGUCAGGUAGUGAAUGUUUUGUAAUGAGAAUAAUCUAUUGGAAAUAAUCCACUCAUUACACAUUUUUCUUUCUUUUCAAUCUACUCUUAACUUUUAUAUACCCAAGUAACAUAUUCACUUGUCCGCAAAAUGAGAAUUUUCUAGCCAUUUAAAAAAAUUUAAUAAUUUAAUUACUAAAAUAACUGAAUUGCAAAUUCCAUGUAUAAAUUCAUAGCCAACAAACUUCUUGAAUUAUAAGGUUAAAUCACCCAUCGUCAUAUUUUGGGCACCCCUGUAUGUCUUUGCUCUGUGUCGGAUCUAAUGCGUGACACCCUAUAAAUAAAGUGAAUUACUAUAAAUUGGUACAGAUGGAAUCGGUUUCAAAUGAUAUGCACCUAUACCAUUCAUUGACUAACAUCCUCAAAUAUUUAAGUAAGUGUACUUAAUGGAUAAAGUUCAGAACGGUAGAAAUUUUUUUUUGAAAAGCUUCUCCAAAAUUAAACAGUUUACUAAUAAAAAGUAUAUAUAUUCAUAUAAUUAAAAUUAUUUUAUGAACUUUCAACAGCUUUUAUCAUGCAGCUCUUGUAAAUAUUUGUUAAAUGCUACGAAUCAAAAACCGAAUUUGUAAAACAUGUUUUAUCUUUAACUAUCUCUGAUUCAAUGUUUAUAUCAACUUUUGUAGCAGUGACUUAGUUAUAUAUAUAUAUUCAUAAAAUAAUACUAAAAUGAGUAUUUACAUCACGGUUUUGCUUGUCUUGCUUUAUAGUAAAACUAUAUUUAAUAAUAACUAUUUAGUUAACUUACGUUCAACCUAAUUUAGAGUUGUGAAUUUUCCUUUGUAAACAGGUGGUAAAAUGACAUAGUUUGAUGACCUCAAUAUGAUAUUAUUCCAGGAAAAAAACACUUGAAAUGUAUGAAUCACAUAAUUUAUUAUUUUGGAUUCUAGAUUCAUUUACGAAUCAGAUUUAAGUUCAGUUUGUCUGAGAUUGUAAUUUAACUUCACAUUAUUGAACCAGUGAACUAAAGAAAAGCUACAAUUGGGUUAACUUUUUACCUCUAAACAGGUAAAUAAAGUUCUUAGGAGAUUCUGCGCUUUCCAGGUUCUUUCCUGCUUAAAAACCGCCCAGUAUGUCAAAUAAUGUACUGCUUUUGAUUCAUCAUAUUUCACAGCUAUAAAAAUUUUAGUUUUUCCAUAAUAUCUAUCUUUUUUAUCUUUGAAGUCCUUCUCAAAGUGUUACUUAAAUACUUAUGAACCAAGAAUUCGUCAGUCGAAAACUUGAAGUGGUAUAUGGUUUUCCGUAGUCAAAAUGAGAAUGGCCAGAGCAAUAAUUCAUAAUAAUUAUUUACUAAAAAAUAUUUGUUAAUACUAAUAAAUAGUAGAUGAAUUAUAUGAAUGUUACAAUAAAAAGAUAACUUGGUCACUGCUAGAUUUGAAAGCACGAUUUAUAUGUGGUUGUUCAUAUUACAUUAUAAUUUUUUGAACAUUCAUCAAAAUGAUUGUUAAAGCAACGGCAAACUAAAUAUUAGUUUCUUUAUAAAGAAAUUAAAUAUUGUCUUAUACAUAUAUGGAAAAUAUAUUUACAGAAAACAUUAGUUUAGAAUGGUAAUUUAUAUGAAAUUAUAGGAACAAAAGAAAGAACAAAUCAAAUUAAGAAAACUUUUUAACCAUACUAAUGAUUAUUUUUAAACUUAAGCAAUGGUUUAAAGAACUUUGUAUUUUUUUCUUCUCGGCAUAUAAAAGCAUCUUGAAUACAAUACAAACUGAUAUUCAGCAAUGGCAUUGUCAAUUAGCCUCUUGAAACUUAGACUUCGUUCGAUAGACGGAUCAAUUUUCAUAAAGAGAUCACGAGAUUCAUUUACCAUUCUUAAAGCUUCAUUAAGAUUUCUCAAAUAAAAUGUCACGCUUGCAGUGCUUGUUGGAGCCUCGUCAUGCAUGGGUUGUGAAUUUAACAAUUCCUUUAAGUCGGUUCCAGUUAAAUCUUCAUACUGCGAUUCGACUACGUUCGAAUUUGCUCAAGUUAUUUGUCAAAGCAGGUACAGCUUAUUCAAUAUAAAUGCUUCAACUUUUCAAACGAUUGUUUAAUGUUUAGAAUGUAUUUCGCUGUCAAAUUUUUGCCGAAAUUAGGACACAUUUCAUAACAGCCAUAAUUAUUUUGAAGGUUCAUCUAAUAUAAAAGAGAUUGAAGGCCUGGAUUGUUCCACUUUAAAAUCUAAAUACUUUUUUGAAUAAGUUUUUUACUCCUCGACAUAGAACAGUCACGAAAAAUAUCGCUUUCAUAACACACUAGCAGGACAUCCUUUUUAGGGCACGAGGAUUCAACAAUCUGUAAAACAUCAGUGGUUUGAUAACACAAUAUACAGAUGCAUUAGAACAUCAUUCACCACCACUCGGGCGCCCUUUUUUGAUUUUUUUUUAAUUAGUUAACAUCCAAAAAGUACAAUAAAAAUUUUCUGCGAAAAUUAUGACUUUUUUUACCAAAAAAAUUCUUAAAACUUCAAUUUUAGGGAUAAGUUAAAAAAAUUUUCUGGGUUGUACUCGAUAAAUAGUAUAGUUUCUAGAAAAAAAUAGUUUUGCAGCGUGGCUUUCAAAAAGUAUAUUUAUUUUGAAGGUUCCGUGGAACGACGUACCAAAUACGGCGUAACGAGGUGCGAAACCAAUUCUUCCAUACCAAUUUACAUUUUAGUAGAAUACGUGCAUUAACACCUGCCAUGUCAAGCAUACCAAAAGAACUCUGACUGGCCAGCGAUUGCUUUUAGCACAAACGGUAUGCGAAUGGCAGAGCCAAUUACAGCAAUCAGUGCCUCCUUCAGUUUGGUUGUAGUGUAAAAUAACUUCAGGUUUUCCGUUGUGCAUAUAUCAGAAGAAAUUGCCAGCGCUACUUUAUUUGACAUUGUUUGACACUUUUUUGAUCACUUUUGCAACACUGUGGUCACACUCGGUCAAAAUGACCCCAGUAGAAAAAACGUCUGUGCACAUUAAGAGUUUAGACGUACUAAUACCAUGAUAGCUUCCAAAAACCGUUAGAAUUCAUUGUACUACCUUCAGACAACAACAGAUGUCACCACAUAUUUCGAUUAGAAAUUCAUUUUUCAAACGACAUCAAUUCAAAAA